UGUGUUGUUUUUUAUUUUAAAUUUAUACUCUUGUAAAAAAUAAAUGUAAGUACACAAUUUCAUCAAUCAACUGGUACCUAGUUUAUAUAAUAUCUAUAAAAUACCAAGAGGUGUGCUUCUUCUUCUUCUUCUUCUUCCAUUUCUAAACCUGUAGCCAUAUCCCAUAAUUCCAAGAUGUUAAGUACAAGCUCAUCAGAAAUUGCUCCAAAGUCCCUCCAAAUUAAAGAAGAUGACAAGUUCUUCUCCAGGCUUCUUUCCAAAGAAAGCUCCAAUGCUAAUCCUUCUUUUAGGGUUUAUUAUGGUGGAGUUAAUGUUGCAGUUCCAUUUAUUUGGGAAUCGCAACCAGGUACUCCUAAAUACUCUUUUACUCAAAACACACUGCUAAUUCCUCCAUUAACUCCACCUCCUUCUUUCUAUUCAAAAUGCUAUUCCAAGAAAAACAAGAAACCUAGUAAUAAUAAUUCAAGAUCCCAUAAUCUUUUCUACUUUGUUUUGUCAAGAAUCAAGAAAGUUACCAAUAUGUCCAAAUCUCCUUCUUCUUCUUCAGUUAAUUUAUCCCCUACAUCAUCUUCCUCUGCUGCUUCUUGGUGUUCUUUGAAUUCUUCUAGCUUUCUUCAUUCUACUCAUGAUCAGCGAAGCAGGUUCUUGAGCUUUGAUUCUCGAGCUUGUGAUGAAGAAGUAGUUACCAUUGAUCAAUCACCAACUUCGACUUUGUGUUUUGGAGCUAGUACUAAUAGAAAAGUAUGGUGGUGAAUGGUAAGUGAAAAAGAAACAUCUAAUAUAUAGUUAAUUAUGGUUAAUUUGGCCAUAGAUUUUGUUGGCCUAUGUACUGUAUUUGCUCUCCUGUUUAAAAUCUCUAUCUGUCUGUUUAUCUUUUUCUUUUUCUUUUGUUCAUCCUGUUCAUCUAUGGUAGUGGGCUUGGACCACAAAAUUAUGUCAUUGAUAUGUAUUGCAUAUGAGAGUUAUUUGAUAAAAUAUAUAACACUUGUUAAUUAAUUUGCUUA